CGGUCAGCCAAAGUCAGACAUGUGUAGAUGAGUUCAGGGCCAUGCCAGCCGCCUGAGGAGGCGCUCGGCCAGCUGGAUGAGUGCCGGCCGCGGAAGCCAACCAGAGUGCUCUUCGAACAGCGGGGCAAGAGCAAGCUUGGCGCGCCAGCUCGCGACCCGCUGGUGGGCGCCAGGGGCUACCGCGAGCACGCGGCGGAGCUUUGGCUCGGGGGCGACGCGGCCGGCGCGGUGGCGGAGUGGCAGAAGGCGCUGAAGGCCACGGUGGAGGAGCGAGGGCGGGUGCCAGAGGAGGAGCUGGACGAGUUCGAGCAAUCCGUGCAGCUGAACCUGGCGGCGGGGCACCUGCGGCUUGGCCAGCACUCGGAGGCCAAGAAGCACGCCUCGGCAUCCAUUUGGUUGAAGCCGAGCUGCCCCAAGGGCAGGUAUCGCCUGGCAGAAGCUUGCGCCAAGCUGGGAGACUGGGAAGAGGCAGAAGCAGCAGCAAAGCAUUUGGAGGAAGCUGGCCGCGAGCAACUGGCAAGCCACUUGCGCAGGCUGGUGCAAGACUGCCGCAAAGAUGCCAGGAAGCAGGAGAAGGAGAUGGCCACUCGAAUGCUAGGUGCCCAACCGCACGCUGGCGACUCCUCCAUGGCUGGAUUGGACUCCAUGGACUAAGGGGUCGCAUGCUUCGAUUUCGGCCGGCUUCUUCAGGCGUGCAGAGCAGCUUGACCGUCCAAAGGCGUGCCAAGCGCAUUGCCUGCCAGAGCAGAUGGGACUUUUGCCA